AUGGAUUACAAUGGCGCCAACAACUUUCAAAACCGGCCCCCCGAUGAGUCUCUAACCCGCGAACUUCCCCAACUCCAAAAUCUUCGCAUCGCUCCUUUGCGUCAUCCUGUUUCCUCGCGUGGUUUGAGUGUCCCAUCGCCGCUCGAGCCAAAUGCCAGCGGAGUCCGUGAAUCCAAAGCCAGCUCGGUUGCUGUCAGCAGCGGCAGCGCCGGCAGUCAUACGAAUAUACCCACGGUGACUGAGCUCUCGAACAAUACACAGACAAAGAAAAAUGAUGAUACUAUGUUGAAUCUGGAACCACCUCCGAAGCCGAUUCUACCGGCGUUUGUGAAUUUGCGUGCUCUGGAGCGUUUCCCAUAUUCCUCAUUUGACGAAGACUCCCACUUGGCUCGCAAGCGUCGUCGUUUGGAUGUUCACCCGGAUGCUUUUGGAGAGCAUCUCCAGUUGCCCGUUCCACAGCAACAAAAAGAACAGCGACCCCCACCCUUCGGGCCGUUUGCUAUCCUUAACGGGUUAAAUGAGCCGCCGCCAAACGCCGCCCUCCUUCCUCCUAUUGAGGCGGGUUCAAUUACUCACCUUCUAAGCAAGCCUACGAAAGACGAUGCUGUGGUAGAGCCUGCCUUGCUGACGAAUAAUAAUACUACAGAAAGCCAUGCCAAUGAGAGAAGGGAAGGGAGAAUUGAGGAGAUCUUGGCGUCGCCUGUUGGCAGCAGAGCAGGGCAUGCUGAUCAGAACACCGUAGAAGAGUCAUCCAAAAACCAAGUGAGGGCCGGCAAAUCUGGUAAUGAGAACACCGAGGAUACUAGGCCCGAUAAGGGAGCUCCGCCUCCUGCGGAGAAAUCUCCGCAGCCUCCAUCGCCUAAGACGCGUGGUCGCUCGCGCAAAAACCUGCGCAAAUGGACGGAAGAGGAGACAAGGGAUCUUCUUCGUGGCGUCAUAAAAUGUGGAAUUGGUAACUGGACAGCAAUUCUAGCCCAGCCGGAGCUCAAGUUCAACAAACGGAGUGCUUCCAAUCUGAAAGACAGGUUCCGCGUUUGCUGUCCAUGGGCAUAUCGGGCUGCCGAUCCGAAUGAAGCUACAAGGCAAGUGCGUGAUAAGCUCGCUGAAGCUAUUCAACGGACGGAGGCUGAGGGCGAUGCAGCUGCGAAAAUUCAUUUGCCGCAUCCUCGAUCGAGCAAUUCUGAAAGUGAUAGAAACUGGCCCGAAGUACGCCCAGUACUCCAAACAAACGACUCGUCCUCAUCAGGCUGUUCAUUAGCAACAAUAAGAACUGACACCAGUACAUCGGAAUCUGGAACCGGAUAUUCCUUAUCCAGAACGAUCUCAAACGAAUCCGUAUCUACGCUGGCUUCUCUUGGUGUCACAGAGUCUCAUUGCACUGUAAAGCCCAGGCGUCGCGCGCGCCGUCCAUUCACAUCUGCCGAGGAUGAGGCGCUGGUGAAAGGAUAUGCCGUGCAUGGGUUCCAAUGGACGCUUAUUCAACAAGACAAACGGCUAAAUCUAUGUCACCGUAGGGCAACGGACUUACGAGAUCGAUUCAGGACUAAAUUUCCUCAUGCCUACCGUGAAGGAGGCUCUAUCAGCGGGAACUCUUUGCAAUCUGAAGCCCAAAAUCCAAAAUCCACGGAUGAACCCAAUCUGGCGACUGGCACGAAGCGAAGCAGGAGGGCUGAGAGGUGUUCUGCAUCUGUCUACCAUGGUAAGGCUGAUCAUGUUCAUCGCACAGAUGCAGCCAUGCCAGGGUCUUCAGGUUCUGCACUUCUUCGUCAUGUUCCUGCUCCACAGGGACUUCCAGAGGGUUCAACGGCUGGCGCACCUUCGACAGGCCCGUCGUUUCCGUUCCACUUGGAUGGUCAUUCUGCACCUACUUCGAACUCUGAAGCACAAUGGACAGAAAAUACGCUAGCACCGAUGCUCUGGGAUGAUAUCCCGUAG